GGUUUGAUGACGUAUUUCCUGUAACAUGGCCGUUAGAGUCAUGAAGAAGACGACUUCCUCUUUCUUCUUCAUUAUACCCACAAAGGUUGCCACGUUCUUAAAUUCUUCGGUAUCCCUACACAAACAAGAUGGGUAGGGAGGACAAGGCAACAUGGAAGUCAAACUACUUCACCAAGCUUGUUCAACUUUUGGAUGACUACCCUAAAUGUUUCAUUGUGGGUGCUGAUAAUGUUGGCUCUAAACAAAUGCAACAAAUUCGUAUGUCUCUUCGUGGGAAUGCUGUCGUAUUAAUGGGAAAAAAUACAAUGAUGAGAAAGGCUAUACGUGGCCACAUUGAACGUAAUGCAGCAUUAGAAAAACUCCUGUCACAUAUUCGUGGCAAUGUUGGCUUCGUUUUCACUCGUGGGGACUUAAUUGAAGUAAGAGACAAACUUUUGGAAAAUAAGGUCAGAGCCCCGGCUAGAGCAGGUGCUAUUGCACCACUGAGCGUUAUUAUCCCUGCUCAAAACACUGGACUUGGACCUGAAAAAACAUCAUUCUUCCAAGCUUUGAGCAUCCCGACUAAAAUUUCCAAGGGUACCAUUGAAAUUGUGAAUGAUGUACACAUUUUGAAACCAGGUGACAAAGUAGGAGCAUCAGAAGCUACUCUUCUGAACAUGUUGAACAUCUCUCCUUUCUCAUAUGGUUUAAUUGUGGAACAAGUUUAUGAUUCUGGUACCAUUUUUGCUCCCGAAAUUCUGGACAUCAAACCAGAAGAUCUUCGCGAGAAAUUCAUGAGUGGAGUUGCAAAUUUGGCAGCAGUAUGUUUAGCUAUUGGCUAUCCUACAGUAGCAAGUGCUCCACACAGCAUCAUCAAUGGAUUCAAGAAUCUGUUAGCUAUUGCUGCUGUAACUGAAAUUGAAUUUGCUCAAGCUGCUACAAUCAAGGAGUACAUCAAAGAUCCAAGCAAAUUCGCUUCGGCUGCGGUUACUGCCGCACCAGUUGCUGCUGCCGCGGAAGCACCAGCCGCUGAAAAGAAGGAAGAAAAGAAAGAAGAUUCAGAAUCCGAAGAUGAAGACAUGGGAUUCGCUUUGUUUGAUUAAAAAAUUACUUGUAUAUCAUUUAUAAACUGGAUCUUAAAAAAACAUGGAACUACUACUGCUAUUACUACUACUUGUAAUAAAACAAUUUUUAUAAUA